AUGGCAACCUCGCCAGGGUCGCUGAAGUUAAAGUUCAACCUAAAAGACCGGUGCGCCCCUCGGUUCUCGCCUCCGCAAUUUGAGGAGAAAGAAGAACCGCCUGACGCUAUCGAGGGAGCCUCGACAUCACGAGCGAAAACGCCUGAUGAAGAAGCCUCCAUUCCUGACCAAGAGCCCCAUUCUAUCGAUGAAAUUAUGGAAACAAUAAGCAAGCAGGGUAUGGACUAUGAAACGGCGUCGAAGGAGGAAAAUACGAGCCCGCCCGUAUUGUCGAGGUCGGAAUCGCAACAAGAGCUCACGACGGCGCCUCAGGAAUCGAGCGAAUCGCCGACGGCCGACGCUCCAAAGUUGCUACAAAUUUCGCUAAAAACUGGGAAGGACCGGAAGCGGAAAAGGCUAAACCCCGAUUUCGAGAAAUUCGAAGCAAAAAUGCCUGACAGCGUCCGUGCCGCACAAGAGCAAGAACGAGCCCGCUUGGAUAGGAUAUCGAAACGAAACACGGCUGAGGACGAGAGCCACAUUGCCCAAAUUGCGAGGAUGCUCUCGACUGAUAAUCCGUUGCCCUUAUUGGAAAUUGACAACUUCUUCGACGACAGCCCGAACGAGGACAAGAAAAUCGAGCCGGAGCCCAGCACCUCCCAGGAGGUGGUCACCCUUAGCAGCGAUGACGAGGACGUUAUUCCGAUCGGCGAGAAGCAGCGCUUGCCCUAUAAUUCGCUCGCCAGCCAGGCCUAUACGAGCUAUGGACGCCCGAUCUUGAUGAGCAAUCGUGGCCGUUGGGGCUCCCACCACGAAGAAGCUGCCCAGCAUAACCUCCGAAAACAACGCGAGUUCGAACAAAAGAGGUUACGUCGACGCCGAAACAGCGGCGAUCUGGAGAGCAAGGAAUUGACGGAGGGCAAACUGUUGGUGAACUCCGGGCGGCCUGAUGGCGAUCCUCCAAUCUACGUCGCUGCGCAUUUGACGAAUACGCUGCAACCCCAUCAGCUAGCUGGGAUACGCUUUAUGUUUGACAAUGUCGUCGACUCGAUCAAGGAGUUCAAGGAUUCGGACGGGUUCGGCUGUAUUUUGGCGCAUUCUAUGGGAUUAGGAAAAACGAUUCAGGUUAUAACCUUCACCGAGGUCUUCUUUCGCGCCACGCAAAGCCACAAGAUUCUCGUGAUCGUCCCGAUCAAUACGAUUCAAAAUUGGUUCGCCGAAUACCAGAAAUGGAUGCCGGAAACCGACGCGGAAGGCGGGGUCAUCCGAAAAUUCCCGAUAUUCCUGCUCGGCGAUGCUGUCAAGGGCAUCGAGCAACGGGUGAAGCAUAUUGAGGACUGGCAUCGUGAUGGCGGCGUUUUGCUAAUUGGCUACGAGAUGUUCCGGUUGAUUCUGAACUCUACCAAGGCGAAGAAGGACAAGAAGCCUCCCAAGAUGAAGCUCGGCGCAAAGCUGGCGACACCAAAAGACCCGGAGGAGAGAGACGAGAAGGAGGAAGCAAAAGAGAAUUUUGUGGCGCAAGACGGGCGCACGUUGGCCGAUCUUCACUCGGCUGUCCGAGCCGCCCUGCUCGACCCCGGGCCGGAUUUGGUCGUCUGCGACGAGGGGCACAAGAUCAAGAAUCUCAACACCGCGACGGCGUCCACGUUGAAUGAGAUAAAAACGAAGAGACGAAUCGUCUUGACGGGCACGCCACUCCAAAACAAUCUCAUCGAGUACUUUUGCAUGGUGGACUUUGUCCGGCCCGCCUACCUCGGUACCAAGAAAAGCUUCAUCCAAAUGUUCGAGAAGCCGAUCAAGAACGGCCAAUGCGCCGAUUCGGGCCCCUCCGAUCAGAAGCUGGCUCGUCAACGGAUACACGUGCUCACCGAAAGUCUGAAGGGUUUUGUUCAAAGGCGUACCCACUCUCUUCUGAAGGAGAUUUUGCCAGAAUGCCGGGAAUACGUUUUAUACCUUCGAAAAAGCCCGAUCCAGCAUGCUCUCUACAAAGCGUUCAUCAUCUACGCCCAACAGGAGAUCGAGGGCGGCAACAAGGAGACGUUCAACCCGCUGAAAGCGUUCGCCGCUUGUAGUAAGAUCUGGAAUCACCCGGAUGUCCUGUACUCGUGGCUGCAAAAGCGGAAAGAGCUGGAUGCAAAAGCUGAGGCUGAAAAGCGAGGAGAAGCCGACAAAAAGCCGACAUUCCCCAUGCCUGGUCACGAUUUCUCGAAUGGCAAUGGAUUUUUCGGGUAUCCGGGACAGCAGCAGAACUAUGGAAUGGCGCAAAACACGUACGGGAUGCCGCAAAUGCCGUUUGGGGGCGGCCCCGCGGAUUUCAUGGGAUCGACGAUGCAUAGCCCGAUGCCCUACCAGCCGAUGCCGAUGCACACCUACGGGUUUCAGAUGCCAAAUUGCGGUGACGGGUACUCGCCGAUGUCGAUGAGCAGCACCUCGAGCCCUUACCCGAUGCAAAGCGCCCCGCCUUCCGUCUCGACACAUCAAUACUUUCAACCACCUACUUCCGCCCCGGCUCCUCUUCAAAAUAUGAGCUUUAUGGACGUGAAGCCACCGCUGCCGCCGCAACAUCAGAAUCAGACUAUGAAUUUUAUGGACGUGAAGCCGCCGCUGCCGCCUCAACAGCAGCAACAUCCGGGCGCGAUGGGCUACGGUUUCCCCGGCCCGUCCUCGAUGAGUCAUCAACCGCAACAACAGCAGCAAGCAGUUCAGGAGCCGCCCGCCCUGCCGAAUAUGGAUGAUCUCGACCAAAUUUGGAACAGCUUCAGCCCGAAAACAACUCUGCCGCCCCAAGGGCAACCCCCGCCCCCAAUGAUGCCUCAAAUUACCUCCGCUGAACAAGCGUUGCCCUCAACGAUCCCGAUCCUUUCUAACCCGAUGACAUCUGUGGCAAAUGGCUCCACGCAGAAAAUAGAGAAAAAGCCUCGCGUCCCGCCCGGACCCAAGGGAAAGCAGCCUACGCUCGUCAACGCGCUCCAAGAAGACCUCGACCUCGACGAUGUGGCGCUCAAGUAUGAUUGGGCCGAAGAGGCGAUGACCAACUACUGCCCGGGCAAGCUCGAAAACGGCUACAAGCUCGUCGUCGCGAUGGGCAUCGUCAGCGAGGCGACGAAGAGGAAUGAGAAGAUCCUGCUCUUUAGCCAGAAUCUGACGACGCUCGACUUGAUCGAGGCCUACCUGGCUCGAUCUCGCUUCGAGACCGACGACGUGCAGACGCAUUCCUGGCAGCGGAACGUCAACUAUUUCCGCUUCGACGGCACGACAGCGGGAGUUGAGCGGGAGAAGCUGAUCACCCGCUUCAAUGAGGAUCCCUCCAUUCGGCUGUUCAUCAUCUCCACGAGGGCCGGGUCUUUGGGCAUUAAUCUCGUCUCGGCAAAUCGUUGUAUUAUCUUUGACGCCUGCUGGAACCCGUGCCACGAUGCUCAAGCGGUUUGUCGUGUCUACCGCUACGGCCAAAAACGACGCACCUACAUCUACCGGCUGAUCAUGGACAACAGCAUGGAGCGCGCGAUUUUCAAUCGUCAGGUGUCGAAGAACGGGUUGUCACAUCGUGUCGUUGACGACCUGCAAGUCGACACGAAUUUGACGCAAAAAGAGCUGGAGACGUUGCUGGUUUAUAACGAAGCCCUCGACAUGGUCAACACUCACACCGACUUGGCCGAGUGGGAAGUGGACGACGACGUGCUGAAGACGGUCAUCGAGCGGCAUGAUAAUGUUUUUGCUGGCAAGCCGAUCCUGCACGAGUCGUUGAUGCUCGAGAGCGAGGACAAGCUCAGCGAGGAGGAGAAGCAGGAGGCGCAGCUGCUAUUCGAGAAGGAGAAGACAAAGGAGCCUGCCUUCCCUUCGCUGGAUCCGCAGACAUACAACAGCGGCUCCUACAACCCGCCGCCCUACACUUUUGGAAGCCAAUACUCCAAAUUCCCGCCGCCGAACAUGCCGCUGCGCAACUUCCUGAACCCGGGCGGCCGCGCUGGUGGAGGUGCUACCAUGGCUUCAUUGAGAAGCGACGCCGGGAUGUCGGGCUUCGCACCCGGUGCCGGCAUGAACCCGUGGGGCGUGCUGAGCCCCGAGCGGAAAGAGAUCUGGAAUCGGCUUCAAGCGUUGUCCGGCGUUCGAAGAGUUGGCGAGCCCGACUUCAGGGAGGCCAAUCGCGCAGUGCUGGUUCGGGUCAUUUUUGAGCAAGACAUGCGCCUCCGCGUCUGCCAGGAGGCCUUCCAGGAGGACCUGAUCGAGACGGGGCGCGAGAUGACGCUGAUCAUCAACCCCAGCGGCACCUUCAUCAAGGACACGGCCACGCGCAACGGAAAUGUUUACAGCUGCAAGAACACGCCGUUGAAUAUGGGCAGCUACCCGGAGUCGUCGACGCCACCCUCAGCCUUGCCGAUGAUCCGCUCAAGCCCGGCGACGUCCCGACUUGCUCAUCCGCUGCGUGGCCGGCUCAAUAGCGCCAACAAUCCGUUCGUCGCGCCGCUCCGUAGCGGCCCCGCCGGCACCGCCGACGACUGCAUCCAGCUGGAC